UUUUCAUUGUUUUAUUUAUUUCUUGUAUUUUCCGAAGACUAGACUCUUGAGAGGUUCCAAAUCAACUGCCGAAUUUCCCUACUUUUUAUAGGGUUUCUCUUCUUCCCACUUUAGGGUUUCAUACGAUUCGCGUUGAACAAAUCCAUCUCACCCCAAAUCGCUAAAUUAGGGUUUCUGUUUCUGUUUUCGAUUUUGAAUCUUUUGAAAUUUUGAUACUCUUUUUACUGAAACAAUGCCGCCGCGAACGGUGAAGAGAGGGGCUGGGCCGAGGAGGACCGGUAGGGUCACGAGAGGUUCCCAAAAGGCGCAGAACCAUCAGCCACCGGACGUUCCAGAAGAUCCGGUGACCGUCGAGGAGGUUCCGAUUCGGGCGACGGAGGCUAAAGAGGAUGUCAAGGUUGAAGCCGAGCCAACCAUGGAGGAAAAGCCACCAGCCAUUGAGGAGAAACCCGUUGUUGUCAAUCAGCUGAUUUCGGAUCUCAACGUGGAAGCGAAAGCUGAGCCGAACGGUUUAGAAAAAGAAGAUAAAAUGAAGGAAUCUGUUGAUGAAUAUGAGAAAGAUGAAAGGUUAGACCUGGAGGAUAAUGAACCCGAGUAUGAAAAUGAAGAAUAUGUUGGUGUUGAUUAUGAUGAGAAGGAAAUUGAUCAAGAGGAUGUCCAGGAGGUGGGAGAUGAAGGGGAAGAAGAUCCUGAAGAGAAUUUAGGUGAAGAAGAUGAGGGUGAUGAGGAGGAACUUGAGGAACUUGAGGGAGAAGAAUACGAGGAGCAUGCAGGUGAAGAUCAUGAGCAUGUGGAACACGCUGAUGCUGAUGAAGACGAGCACCAUGAAGUUGUAAAGGAGAGGCGUAAGCGUAAGGAGUUUGAAGUUUUUGUGGGUGGCCUUGAUAAGGAUGCAACUGAGGGUGAUCUUAGAAAAGUUUUCAGUGCAGUUGGUGAAGUAACUGAAGUCAGGCUAAUGAUGAACCCUCAGACCAAGAAGAACAAGGGUUUUGCAUUCUUGCGUUUUUCAACAGUGGAACAAGCAAAGCGAGCUGUGACAGAGCUUAAAAAUCCAGUGAUAAAGGGGAAACAAUGUGGUGUAACUCCCAGUCAAGACAGCGACACUCUGUUCUUGGGUAACAUUUGCAAGACAUGGUCCAAGGAAGCUUUGAAAGAGAAAUUGAAACAUUAUGGAGUUAAUAAUGUUGAGGAUGUGACACUAGUAGAAGAUAGCAACAAUGAUGGAAUGAAUCGGGGAUUUGCCUUUUUGGAAUUUUCGUCUCGAUCAGAGGCCAUGGAUGCUUUUAAGCGUCUUCAGAAGAGGGAUGUUGUGUUUGGUGUUGAUAGGCCUGCCAAAGUUUCAUUUGCAGAUUCCUUCAUUGACCCGGGUGAUGAAAUUAUGGCUCAGGUUAAAACUGUUUUUGUGGAUGGCUUGCCUGCAACAUGGGAUGAGGAUCGUGUUCGAUGGCUUCUUAAGAAGUAUGGGGAGAUUGUAAAGAUAGAGCUUGCUCGAAAUAUGCCAUCUGCCAAGAGGAAAGAUUUUGGUUUUGUUACUUUUGACACCCAUGAUGCUGCAGUGACGUGUGCAAAGAGUAUUAACAAUGUGGAAUUAGGUGAAGGAGGCAACAAGGCUAAAGUUAGGGCUAGGUUGUCCAGACCACUUCAGAAAGGGAAAGGAAGGCAUGUUGCUCGUGGGGAUUUUCGGUCUUCACGUGGUUCUGGGCGAGUUGUCAAGGGUUCUUGGAGUCAUCCCUCACCGCGUAGUCUUCCCAUGCGUGGUUUAAGAGGUGCGGGAAGUCGUAUUCCUCCACCGAGCGUGAAGAGGCCUGCAGGAUUUAGAGAUCGUCGACCUGUGAUGUCUGUGCCAGUAAGAGCCAGGCCUUUGGCCCCUCCAGCUAGGUCUUAUGACAGAAGAGCGCCUGCAGUUUCAUCAUACCCAAAGAGUAGCUUGAAGAGGGAAUAUAGUCGCCGUGAUGAGAUUCUUCCUCCAAGAAGCAGAGCUGUUGCAGAUUAUGGUUCAAGGGUUGUCCAUGAGAGACGCCCAUCAUAUAGAGAUGACUACUCUUCCCGUGCUUCUGGCUACUCUGAUCCACCUAGAAGCACUUCGCGUACCUCAGCUAGGAGAGCUUAUGUCGAUGAUGGUUAUGGCCCAAGAUUUGAAAGACCACCACCACCUCCUCCUCCUCCUAGUUAUCGUGAAGGACGUGCACGUGAUUAUGACUCAGUUUCUGGUUCAAAACGUCCAUACUCUUCAAUGGAUGAUGUUCCUCCACGUUAUGCUGAUGCCAGUGUUCGCCAAUCAAGGGCACGCCUGGACUAUGAGUAUGGAAGUGGUGGCUCUCACUACGGGGAUGCUUAUGGUGACAGACUUGGGCGAUCUAAUUUAGGAUAUGGCAGCAGCAGAACAAGUCAAGAUUCACAUGGGCUGUAUAGCAGUCGUCAGGGAAUGGGAUAUGGAGAGGGUUCUUAUGGUGGAGGUGACGCAGGGGGUAUGUACUCAUCAAGCUAUGGUGGUGAAUACAUUUCUCGCGGUCCUGAUGUCGGUGGUAGCUCCUACUCUUCCAUGUACCCUGGACGUGGUAUGGGAGGAAGUAGUUAUAUGGGUAGUGGUGGUUCUGGGUCUUACUACUGAGAUCUGACAUGACAGAGGCUGCUGUAGGAUGUGGACAGUUUGAUGCUUGUGCAUUAUACUAAUGGAGAGAAGUUUUUCAAGUUUAUUAGCCUUGUUAUGUCCCAGGACUUCUUGUAGGGCUGUAUUGGUUCUAGCAGCUUAGUCUCUCCAUAUUUGGAAGCGGGCAGUUCUAAUUUCAAUGCUGUUAGGAUGCGUGAAUUAUUCAAAGAUGAAAUCAAGAAGAGCUAUGUGAUAUUUAUGAAUUUCAUCUUUUUUUUUCUUAUAAGAACCCUGUUCAACGAUGUGGAGGUGUGCUGCACCAUCUGUUCUUAUGACUACAUUUGAGAUAUUGAGGAUUUUCUAUUUGAGUAAGGUAUUUGAGAUAUUUGUCGAACUGUCUUCUGGAAAGGUUCUGGCAUCCUGGUCUUCCCUGUAAUAAUCUUUUCAGGCUUUAGUGUGGAAUAGAUGUGAAAGAGACUUAACCAGAAACUGAAGGUUAAGGGAACCUAAAGUACAAGGUUUUGGUUAAA